GGCCGCGCGCGAGGGGGCGUGUGAGGGGGAGCGGCGGGUAACGGCCGCCAGCGGGCAACGGCCGCCGCCGCCGCCACCGGGGCCAGCCUCGCCACUGCCACCCUUUCCCCCCUCCGCCUUGCGACAGCCGGGGCCGCCGGUGGCCGGCGCCAGCGCCGCUGUCCCGCCCGCUGCAUGGAGCUGUCGGCCAUCGGGGAGCAGGUGUUCGCUGUGGAGAGCAUCCGCAAGAAGCGUGUGCGGAAGGGUAAAGUAGAAUACCUGGUGAAGUGGAAAGGAUGGCCCCCAAAAUACAGCACAUGGGAGCCAGAGGAUCAUAUCUUGGACCCUCGCCUGGUAGUGGCUUAUGAAGAAAAGGAAGAGAGAGACCGUGCGUCGGGGUACAGGAAAAGAGGCCCCAAACCAAAGCGCCUCCUCCUGCAGCGGCUGUAUGGCAUGGACUUGAGGAGUGCCCACAAGGGAAAGGAGAAGCUCUGUUUCUCUCUUGCACGGAGGUUUGGAGGAGGAGACAGUAGCCUGCCAGGAGCCAAGCCAGGACAGGCAGAGUUCUCAGAGAAGACUGGGGGAGCAGUCCUGCCAUUCUCUCUCCGGAAGCAACGCAAAAACCAGAAGUAUCUGCGACUGUCAAGGAAGAAGUUCCCCCGCAUGGCGAGCCUGGAAAGCCGAAACUGCAGGCGUGAGUUCUUCCUGAAUGAUGCAGUGGGCCUGGAAGCCAGGCAGAGCCCUGAGGACUGGGAGACCAUGCAGCACACCAGCAAGGAAGCAGAUGUGGAUGGCAGUCUCCCUUGGAUUCCCACUGUGCCCCCCAGUGAAGUGACAGUGACGGACAUCACGGCAAACUCCAUUACCGUCACUUUCAGAGAAGCACAAGUGGCUGAGGGCUUCUUUCGAGACCGGAGUGCGCAGUUCUGAAUCUCUGUUUUCAGUGCUCCCCAAAACCAGUGCUUUUAGGGUGGGGCUAGGGAAGGAUUAUUUUAUCCCUUAAGAAAAAAAAAAAUCCAAAAUGUCUCCUCUUAAAAUGUUUACAGAGACUUUUUUUUUUUUUCCCUCCCCCUCUCUUCUCCUUUCCCCCCUUUCAGAUACGCAAAAAAAGGGCAGCGUAGGGGGUGUGCGUUUGUCAUUGCUUUGUCCAUCUGAAAAACUGACAGCCCUUUCCCUGGCAAAGACUCCCCUCCUGGAUGUGAAAGCAGCAAGCUGAACAAUUCGCCUUUUAUCCUGUUAAGUGGCAGCAGCUGCAUUUGUGGGGAGAGGGCAUGUGGAGGUGGAAAGAGAGCUGGAUCUCUAGCCUGCCGCCUUGUUCUGCAAUUGAUAUCCCUUGGAUAAAGAUACUUCUCUGUGCGUUGCUCUUCCCACCUUCCUCCUCCCUCUCUUCCUGCAGCAGUGAGAGGCGAUGGAUCCUACCUGUGUUGAUAACUCCAGCCUGUUAAGACUUUUUCUCCAGUGCUGUUUUCCCUGUGGCCUGCUGUCAGGACUUCAGAACCGUAUUUGCCUGUCUGUGGUAAGUCAGUCUUUGCAGAGCAGGUCCGAGUAGGCAGGUUUCUCCCUUUGGUUGUUGAUCAUGCAGAAAGACUGAAAUGCAUCUCUGAAAUCUGGAUUGGCGACAUGAAUUCAAUUUGCCCUCAUUAAAAGCUCAGAAAUUCAGUGCAGUCAAGACAUACCAUUCUGUAUAUGCUAAACAGGAUUUCCAGGCUCAGCUCUGCUGUGUGAGGAAUGCUUUAUAGAAAGUGGGGUGUUCUUACCCCUUGCCAAAUUCAGUAUUAAUAACAAAUGCUGCUCUGAAUCUGUGGUAAUAAGUUGGUUGAAAAAUGACUCCUCACCCCUGGGAGGAGGAGCUAAUAGGACAACCAAAGCAUUGCCUGGCAUUGCAGAGAUAUCCAAGAUACUGGCACAGGCCCAGGACACAGGAAUUGGACAGAACUGAGCUAGAAAUGGGCCUUGAUUAGCAGCAAUUUCUGUUCUUGGAUCCUAUUGAGAGAUCCAAAGUAAACAACAUGUGGGGAAGGCAUGCAUUAGAUUUGAGGAGGGGAACGAAAUUGUUAAUUCUUAGCAAUGAGAAUUCUUGGAUUGUACUGCCUGAGUAAUAUUUUUCCACGACUCCAGUCUCCUCACAGUAUCUGUGAUCCUGUACCUCUGUACUGAUGGGAACUUCCCCUUGGAAGGCUUAAAAAUCUUUGCCAAGGAAAGCGGUCUGCAUUUCAAUAGACCCUGCCUGAUCUUGCACUUAAAAAUGCCUUGUGCUGGACUGCCUGUGACACUUUGAGGCUUUUGAAGAAUUGCUAUAUUUUGAGUUGGUAGUUUAGCAUAGCAUCUGUUCGUGCACAUGCAUGUUCUCUUCCUUUUUUUUUUUUUUUUAAGCAAAUCUUAUUUAAAUAACUUGGAUUUUUAAAUAUAGACCUUUUCCUAUGGAAAGGAAGAGAAGUAAGCUAGAGUCUAAGGUGGGAACUGCAGGACAGAGUGCUGCAGGGUUACAUUGGCUAUGGUCAUGAUUACUAUCCUUAAAUUCUUUGUUUCCUCUUCCCACCCCACCUGAAGCAUCUCUUACCUGCUCUGUUUAUUCAAAAGGAAGCUAUGAGCCUUCCGAGCUCUGAGGUAAAGGUACCUGUGGAAAUCCUCAGUGUGUUCCUUUGGAGGGCUUGGCUGCUGGCCUGCAGAAUUUGGGAGCUCUGGGGCUUCUGGCCCUCCAAGCAUCUGCUUUUUACCAAGUGCUUGGACUGCCCCUAUGGUUUUUAUAAAAGCAGGUUUUACCUCAGAUGGGAUACAGCAGCUUAGUGUAGACUUAGGAUUUCCCCUUCCAGCUCAGAGCUGUUUGAGCAGGCCUCUCUUCCACUGUGUCACAGCAGUUUCAGGACCACUGGGAAGAUUUUGAAUUUCUGGACUAACCUUUUUGUCUCUCAGAGAAAUAACAUGGGAGUUUUAUUAUGGAGAAAUCUGAGAGGGUGAGAAGUGGAAGCUGGGGGGGAAUUAUGCGGUGGGAGGAAGAGUGAGUGGGAAAGAAGCUUGUAAUAGCUAGCAAGGGCAGAUUGAUGAGGUAAGCACACAGGCUCAGGAUGUUUGUUUGAAUGUGGGUGUCCAGAGCGAGGCUUCUGUGUCUGGAGUUGCACCCUCUUUUGCAGGAUGCGGCGUCAGACAGUGUUGUCAUCUUCACCCCCCCACGCGCACCCAGUCUUCCCAACACAUGCCAAAUAUCUUCUCUUUUUGUUGUGACCAGUGGUCACACCAUGUGGCUGAGUCCACUCUUGAGGCUUGUAGCAGGUCAGGUAGUUGUGGUUGCAGGAGCAUGAUAUUUUAGCCUGUUUUUUUAAAAAGUCUUGAACUCCAGCUCACCCUGCUAAAUCUUCAUGGCACUUACUAGAUCUGGUUUCUUUAUUCUAAUGCAGCUACUGCUGCCUUUGUCCUGUCUUCAUCUCGGUGUACAAAUACAUCAAAAAGCUUCUUCUUUAUUAAGGUUCCUGGCUUUGGCGGACAUCAGAAGCAAUUCCAAACCUGCAGCUGGAAAGAGCUUGUCCUAAUAAACUGGAUUUCCAUCCUCUGCUUUUCCCUCCUUGCACCAGCUGAGGUUUCUCGAUGUUUUAUUUUGGCAUUUCUCUUUAAACAUCUUUUCUUCCUCUUGCAGUGGAGUUUUCAAAGACCUGUGGUGGUCUUUCAAAGAGGAUUCAUCCACAGCUUCAUAUCUUAACCACUUUUUGGAUCAGGCUAGCUUGCAUUCUGCUGGUGACUAAUCAUCUCCCUACACAAAGUGUUGAAAAAAGUACCUGGCUUUUUGUACAGGUCAAUGAGGAGUUAACCCUUAUCAGGUUAAGUCGCAACAAGUUGCAUGUGCGUGGGUUUGGUUUGUGUGUGAGGAGGAGUUUGUGGUAGGAAACUAAGCAGUUACCGUGUUGGGGUGGAUUUUUUUUAUUUUUUUGACAUUCAUGAAUUCUUGCUUAUCUUAAAGAUCUUUUUGAGAAGAUUUUUCUCUUGAUCUUUUAAAAAUGUGGCUCUGUUCCAUAUUGUCUGGUGACAUAUCAUUGUAAACUUCCUUGGUAGAGCUGGCUUUCAGGGACCUUACAAUUAGCUUUAUUCUGCUUCUUCAGGUCUAGAGAUGUAUGGGGGUUUUACUUGUGCUGGCAAGAGAGAGUGUCUGGGUUUCCUUGUCUCUUCUUCUCAAUGCCGUCCGUCUGUCAGUUCAGCCCAAACUCUGAAAAUUGAAUUGGGACCCCUUGGGCUAACAUAUCAUGAAAAUCAGAUGCUGUGCUCAGAGCUUCGUUAAGCAUUCCGUUUGAUUAGAAGAGCCAGAAUAGCAUCCAGCUGAAGCUGAGUUUAAUAAUUCUAUUUGAAGCACAAGCCGAGAAUAGAAAUGGGCUAACUCUCCCAUACCUCGUUUGGCUCCGCGGCUGUAAACAAGAAAAACAAACUUCAGCCAGUGGAAAUUGUUGAACUGUACGCAAGAAACAAACUUCUCAAAGAAGAACUCUUCUAAUAGUCAUUCUUAGAACUGUUUCCAUGCAAGAGUUUACCAGCCACGUUUGUGCCACAGAAGUUUUCAUUUCAUAGAUCUUCUCACAAUGAACUCACUGUAUAUAUGACACAACUGAGGAGCUUCAUGAAAUUGGAAAAAACCUUUAUUGUUAAAACUGUGGGGGUUGUUUGUUUUUGUUUUUUUUUUUAAAAAAAGAAAGGACUUCCUCUGUUCCUGGAUGGUUAUAAACUACAUGUUAUUGCUCUGAUAUAUAAGUGAUGCCUUGGAACAGCAAGUUUUAACACAUAAAUAGUGGCAUUAAGUAGCCUCGUAGCUCCUGCAUGUUCCUAUUGUCCUGCAUUUGCUUGGGGGCCCUUCUGCUUGUGAAGUCAAACCAAGGUGGUUUGGGUUGGUUUUUUUUUUUUUCCCUUUUUCAAGCAAGGCCAGGAUGAUAUUGUGAGAACACCCGAAAGCAACUUCAUUUGCCAAAAUAAGCCCAAAUUUGUUAGUGGAUUGACCCUUGUUUAUGUCAGAGCCUCAGACAGAAAGAAGUUUAUUGAGAAACGAAUGGGUUUUCUUUUGUUGUUAGUGUUGUGAAACUGUCCAGAAUUGUUCUUCUGGUGUUUUGUGACUGAAUGUAUAAAAUUGUUCACCUCACAGGGGGCCCUUGGCCCCAGUGCUAUUUCCUGCUGUACACCAGCUAGUGCUGUUUGAUGGUUUCACUGGAAGAGAGAAGGGAGGCUUUGCGCAGGUCAAACAAUAGGCAGGGUACCUCAUGCAAGACCCCCGGUGGUAGCCACAAAAGAGGCUGGGGUGCGGGACGGCAGCGGGGGCUGUCAACCACAUCCAUGUAUUUGAGCAAAGCUAAAUCUGCCACCACCUCUCCGCUGCUUCCUCUCCUCCCCGGCUUUACAUUUGUGCUUUCUGAAGUAGGGAAAGUGUAAAAAACCCCUCCUUUUCUCAAGCUGAUGGUAUUUACCCAUCUUCUGUUCCUCCCUUGCUUACCUGCAGCCCAGGAAGAAGAGAGGGCAGUGGGCCUUCCUAGGGAAAUAGUAGGGGCAGCUGCUUGUCAGGGAAGGGAGGGAAGGAGUUGCCUCAGAGUUGCUCUUUCUCAGCAGUGGAGGACAGGCCUCUGAGUGAGCUGGCAGCUGAGAGGGAAGGCAUGUUAGAGGUGCAAGAGCUUGUAGUGAAGCUGAUCCCUUGCAUCAGUGGGUGGAUGCCCCUUGGAGUCCUGAGUGGGCCCUGUGGAGAGGAGAUGGUCGGAGCUACAUUUAUCUAUCUGCAGUUUACCAUUUGGGAAUGCAAGGGAGACGUGUACGUAACAGCUUGCAUAGGGUAACCUCUACAUGGGAAUGUACAGCAUUGGCACAUACAGGUGAAGAGAACAUGACGCUUUUGCUGUGCUUGGUGUAAAACAGUUUUCCCCAAGAGCAUGGUAAACUUGUUUUGAGACAAUGGCUUAUCAUCAGGAGACCACGUUGUCCUCUGCCUGCUGAACUUUCUGUCCUCGCAGAGCCAGCAUGAAGCUUCUGGGUGUUGAAACCCCCGGAUUUCACCCAAGCAGCUGGUCAAGGUGGGAAGGCCUAUGAAACAGCCCCAGGACAACAGGAAGGAGAGAGAAGGAAUCACUUAAAAUUUAAUUCAGACCCUUCAAAUCCUUUCCUGUAACAAGCAUGUCCUAGAGCAAUGGCCCCUUUUUCUCUUCCACCUCUUCCCCUUGCACCCUUCAUUUCUUAAAAGUGCAGUGGCUUAGCAUGGAGCAGGCAGGAGAUGAUCCCUGGUUAACCAGUUGCAGAGAGGAGCGGAGCCCAGUGGGAGCACGUAAUGGCUGACAGGGGAGAAGGAUCGCUACCAAGCUGCAAUGGGGUAGGAGCUUUGCUGCUGAGAUUGUUUCCGUCUGCCAUGGGCUGCUCUGCAAAGAUACCAGGGGUUCUUGUCUGAGAGCGCCAGUUGGCAUUGAAAGGGAGAGCUCGUAAGACUGUUGGGAACCUCUGUCACAGCUUACCUCGUUACUGAGGUAGCAGAGUUUUGACUGGGAGGGGGAUUUUGGAGGAGGUGGAAAGCCUCUUUUUUUUUUUUUUUUUUUUUUAACCAGAAAAUGUAGUGUCAGCACAAAGAAGCUUUUUGCAAAUCUGUCAAAAUGUUAAGCAGCUUUUUUUUUUGCUUUUAAAUCUGAAGUAUGUUCUGAAGCACUUUGGAAAUGCAAAGCACUAGGAGUGCUAAGUACUCCUUAUCGUCUGUCUGAAAGUGGCAUUUGAAAAGCAAAAGAUGUAUCUGUUUCAGGCUGCUGGCUGCUCCUUAUCAUUUUUCCAGAGCUGCCACCCAGCCCUUUGCCUCCCUCCCAUGGCUGAAGGGGGAGUGUGCUCUGCCAGGCCAGGUGAAGGAGGGCUCCCUGAGGGAGGAGAGGAGACCUGCACAGUCCCUGGCUCACCUUCAGGGUGCGGGUUGGCUUCCUCCCUCCCCACCGCCUUUGUCUGAGGAAAGGGAAAAAUGAAGUUGAGUUUCAGUUUGAGCAGUCCUAGUCUGGAACUACGACCACUUCUUCCAGCUCUGGAGACAUCUUCAUAUAGAGAGUUUCCUGUCUGAAAAAUUGCACCUUAUUAGCGUAGCUGAGGAACGGGGGGAUACCUGUCCUUCUGCAGGGAGUGGGGAGAGGAAGGGAGGGUGAGCCAGGAGCUGUCUCCAGAAGCUGCUGGAUUUUUCCAGAGGCCGUUUCCUCACCUCAUCUCCAACGGAACGGCAACAAAAGAACUGAAAUAAUUUAGAUGAAGCUUUUGUUCUGCGUAUCUGGAGAACCUUUUGAGCAGGCCAAGAUGAGAGAAUCUUUUCCUCACCUAGCAAGCUUUACAGCUGGGGGAACCCCGGGAUCUCUUGCUGGGUUUACAGCACCAGCCUUUUCCCUCAGCGUACAGGUGUCGUUUGGCCUCUUUUUGCACACCGACUGAUGUGACUUGGUACGCUUCCUUUCCAUUGGGGGGAGGUGGGGGAUGGGGUCAGUUAGAGGGGAGGGUCCCCAAUUUAUUUUUGUUCUUGUCUCUCCAGUUGUCGCUGUUGUUCCUGUCGGCACGCUAGAGUACCUGAGUCUUUGCACACAGAAAGCUUCCUUUUGCACAGAAUGAGCUUCUAGCUUUUGUACAGACUAAUUGAAUGUAUUUGGGGAGGGGGGGAAAUAGGGAGUAAACCAAUUCCAAACCAACCAAUCGGAGUAUAAUGCCUUUUCUGAGCGAGUAUGUGCUAUAAAAGGAGAUUGUAAUAGCAAAGGGAGGGCAGGCUUGAGCAUAAUUUGACACAAAGUGUGGUUUUAUUUUUGUACUGAUACGGAUAAGAGACUGUACAGCAUCUAUUUAUUUAGAUGAUUUAUGUGGUAAAUGUUGCAAACAAAAUUAUUAAAAUAUUAAAUAUGAGAACUGACAUUUA